GACAAAACCAAGUGUACAACCAGCAAUGGUACUCCGGUCGGUACGCACUCUGCAACAGUUACGGCCGGUCCCCGAGGACCAGUCCUUCUGCAGGAUGUGCACCUAAUCGACGAGCUGGCGCACUUUGACCGAGAGCGUAUUCCGGAGCGUGUCGUACACGCCAAGGGAGCCGGAGCGUCCGGUUAUUUCGAAGUAACGCACGACAUUACCCGUUACUGUGCGGCCAAGCUGUUCGAGACGGUCGGCAAGAAAACGAAACUUGCCGUCCGCUUCUCAACCGUCGGCGGAGAAAGUGGUUCGGCAGAUACGGUUCGCGAUCCUCGCGGUUUUGCCGUUAAGUUCUAUACCGACGACGGCAUCUGGGAUAUGGUCGGUAAUAAUACGCCCAUCUUCUUC